UAAAGAUAUAAGAUGGCUGAUAUUCCAAAAUCCGUGGUACAGAAGCUUGUCUUCUUCACAGCUGCAAUGAUUGCGUUCCCAUUGGUGGCGUUUUUCUUGUGUCAAUAUUUAUUCAACAACAACGCUAUUGUCAGUGGAGGAAUUGCUGCUCUUAUAGCUAAUGUUGUUUUGAUUGGUUAUGUAGUUGCUGCAUUCACUGAAGAUACCACUCAAUACGAUGAAAAGAAACACGAAUAGUCGUUAUACUAAUAAAAUUGAUAUGUAUAU